AUGAACCCCUCUGGGAACAGUCGUUCCCAGGAGGAGCUUUUCCUGCAUCCUUCUGGUCAGCAGGAGGCCGAAUCCCCUGUCAUUGGGCCAUUGCGCAUCAGUAAACGAGAAACUCCUCCGCCAGCUGCUUCGGGUGCUGCCCCUUUACCAUACCCCGAUGACCGACCACGGCCCCAACAGCAUGUCUGGGGUUCGGGCUCUAGUGGUUCGAGUCCAAUAGCGCAGACUGGCAGGCACAGUGCCUCUCCAACGUCGAGCGGAUCAGGGCCAUCGCCAGUUGACUAUCCUGCCGCUUUGCGACCCAGGGAUGGCCGCGAGCCCAAGCAAUCGACAUUGGCGGAGCGACGAGGCAACGCGCCCAAGCCGUUACCGGAGUCUCCAAUAGUUGAUAAUUCGAAUAGAGAUGCGUAUUUUGCCAGGAUGAACCAGCCAGCACCAGCACCUCCAAUUGCCAAUCCGCCGCAGAGUACGGCGCAUAUGGAUUAUAAUCAGCAUUACUACCCUCCUCCGCAACCAUCCACCUCAUCGAGACCGGCAUCUCGGACAACACCCUCACAGAGCCUUCAGCCUCCCGGACAGCACAGCAUCAACCGUAUAAGCUCUGUAGCCUCUACCUCAACAACUCGUGCCGAGCGAGGUUCACCCCCACCGCCAGAAACACCCAUCAUCGAGCCAGGACAACAUCCGACUUCUGAUAUUGAAGCGCGUUAUGCAGCCUCGGGGAUUGCGGGUACCUCAACACUGACGGGCUUGCAGGCUCAGAGUGCUGCGGCGCAGCGAAGAGCGGAACAAUACGCCGGACAACAGCCUAGAAAUAACAUUCAGCGUCCAUGGACUCCAACUGAACUGCCGGGGUCUCAGCCCCAUGGACCGCCGACCGUGUAUCAAGGCGCUGAAGAGGUCUCGUCACAGAAUCAGGCACCUGCAUCAAACCAGUUUGCUCCCAAUCCGGCGGCAACUCCGCCACAAGCGUCGCAGGCCCAGCAGCCUGGGAGACUUCCGAAUAAUGCACUUGAACAAGACUUAGAGAGGAUGCGCAUCAGCUCGUCUCCUCCCCCAGCUUAUUCAAGCGUGCCACGACCAUCAUCCGCUUCCCAGGGCUACCCCAAUGAGAAGCAACGCCUUGCAGCUUCGACUACACAGCAUCCGGCAACAACUGCGCCCACCACUGUUGCGGUGACCGGGGCUGCUGCGCCAAUGGUCUCGGCGCAAGAACAUCCAGCAUUCGCCAACGAUUCAAGGCAGCAACAGCCGCAACACGUAUCAGAACCGUCGCCGCAUAGCGACGUACAAAACGGUGGUCAGCAGGAACAGCACCCGGCUUUUCAGCCUCAACAAGCCCAGGCCAAUACAAUACCGGCUGGAACUGGCACUCUGCCUCCAGCCUCUCCUCCCCCGCUCCCGGAGGGCUGGAUUGCUCAUUUAGAUCCAAAUUCAGGACAAUACUAUUACAUUCACCUGCCCACUCAGUCCACUCAAUGGGAGUUUCCCAAAGGACCUACACCUCUAAACCUCAACGAAGCUCCGAUGUCACCGGUCGGAAGCGUGUACAGCGCCCACCCCCUCACCUCGCCAGGAUUAUCGGCGUUUGGAAAGCCACUGGCAUCUCCUGGUGUUCCUAUGACUCCUGGGUUUGAAAGCCUGCAGUCCCCAUCCGUAGUAGGGUUUACUGGCCCUCCCCCAACUAGCGGCGUUGAGAUGUACAAGGUGGCACCGACAAAUGGCGUUUAUUUUGGCCCUUAUCUACGCUAUGCGAACAUGGAUAUCCAGCGCGGUAUUUGGUUUGGAUCUAUUCUUCUGGUCACUGAUGCUGCCCAACCACCCACAAUCCACAUUCAUCAAAGCGUCGACUUAUCUCCAAACCCUCGCCAGUUGAAGGCAAUCUCCAUAUCUACCCAUCAGCGGUGGACGUUCUACAAAUAUGAGGUUGACUUGAAAAUGGACGAGUCUGGUCCUGCCAAAUGGACCUACGCUAUCACAUCGCAUCUUGGGUGCACACGCUAUGAGUUCCUGGUCGCCGGUCAACAUGAGGCGAGCUGGCGCUUCAUCACAACCUCGGGCAAUGAUUUUUCUCUCAACGUGAAUGAGAACGAGAGGUCACGGCUGGGAGGAGUUGGACUGAUGUGGAAGGACAUUAUGCAGAAACACACUGAGAUUGGUGGUUUCCACGCACAAUUGUGUUUAGGUGGCCAGAUAUACGCUGAUCGGAUGUGGAAGGAGAUUUCGUCGCUGAAGCAGUGGCUCAUGAUUCGAGGGAAAGAGGCUAGAAAAACUGCACCUUGGACGGCGACUCAUGAGCAAGACGUCUUUCAUGGCUACUUCCAUUAUUACACUAGCCACUUCGACCAGCCAUAUUUGAGGGAAUCAUUCGCUCAGAUUCCGUAUGUCUGCCAGAUUGACGAUCAUGAUAUCUUUGACGGAUUUGGCUCAUAUCCCGAACAUAUGCAGUUCUCCAAUAUGUUCAAGAACAUUGGUCGUGUCGGAAUUGAAAUGUACUUACUUUUCCAGCACCAUACGACUCUCGACAUCCUACGCAAUGCCAGCACAGACCAUGACCUUUUUACCAUCACUGGUACGGGGUGGCAUUUCGUUAAAUACCUCGGCCCCUCCGUGGUUCUUGUAGGUCUUGACUGUCGUUCGGAGCGCAACCAGCAUCAGGUCCUCGCUGGGCCCACCUACCAAGGCAUUUUCCCCAAAAUUGCCAUGCUCCCAUCCACAGUUCAGCACUGCCUGUGGAUGUCAUCUAUUCCACUUAUUUACCCACGCCUAGAAACUGCAGAACAUAUUGCCCAAACAUUUACUACCGGCAAGCGAGCUUUCACUGGUGCAUACAACGUACUGGGCAAGGUGACCAGUUCCGUGGCGGGUGUGGUGGGAGCCAAGGACGUUGUCGGCUCCGGCUUCGACUCUGUUAAGCGUGCUGUAGGUAAGAGCGGACUCAUGGGAGGGAUCCUAAGCCCAUUCGGAGAAUUCGACCUUCUCGACGAGCUUCGAGACCAAUGGACUCAUGAAUCAAAGGACCUAGAAAGAACCUACCUAAUCCGCACACUCCAGGGCAUCGCACACCAAAAAUCCAUAAGAAUGACCUUCCUCUCCGGUGCCGUCAACGUUUGCGGCGCGGGCCUAGUCCAUGACCCUGGCCAGCCGUCAGACCACAAAACGAUGUACCAGCUGAUUUCCUCCUCGGUCGUUAACAGUCCUCCACCUUCCUAUAUUAUUAAAAUGCUUCACGCAAGCAAUAAGCCCCUUUAUGUCCCUUCAAAUGGCCACCGCUCCACCCCUUCCCAGCCCACAGAUACAAAGGAAGACAUGAUGGAAAUCUUUCAAAAUGAUGUGACGGGCCAGGCGCGUGAAUAUAAAAAGCUUAUGGGCAGACGAAAUUACAUUGCCAUUGUUGCAUACGACCCAGAUUCCAUUGGUGGAAAUCAGAUGUCCUUGUCGAUGUAUGGACAGCAGGGAUUUCCGCCUCCUGGUGGAGGUGGGAAGUUGAAUCUUGCUGUUGAUUUUAUGGUGCAGGGGGAUGGAUCGUUUGGGCAGGUGGUCAAGUAUGGACCUGUCAUUGUGCCGAAUUUGGAGCAUGGGAAGUGA